AUGAAACCAAGAAACCACACAGUAAGUGUCUCUGAAUUUCUCCUUCUGGGCCUGUCUGAGCAGCAGGAACAGCAACCCCUCCUCCUUGGAAUCUUCCUGAGCGUAUACCUGGUCACUGUGCUGGGCAACAUUGUCAUCAUCCUGGCCAUUGUCUCUGAUCCACACCUCCACACCCCCAUGUAUUUCUUUCUGGCCAACUUCUCUCUCACUGACCUGUGUUUAGCAUCUACCACAAUCCCCAGGAUGCUGGUGAACAUCCAGGCAAAUAGGAAAACCAUCACCUACACUGGAUGCCUAUCUCAGAUCUACUUCUUCCUAUGGUUCAUUGGUCUAGAUGUUUUCCUCCUGGCAGUGAUGGCAUAUGACCGGCUUGUGGCUAUCUGCCACCCCCUUCACUACACCUUGGUCAUGACUCCCAGAUGCUGUAUUCUGCUAUUGGUCAUGUCCCUAAUUCUCGCUCAAUCAUACUCUCUGACCCACACCAUUCUCCUGGCUCAGUUAUCCUUCUGCACUGACAACAUCAUCCCCCACUUCUUUUGUGAACUUCUCCCCCUCUUGAAGCUCUCUUGUUCCAAUACUUAUGUCAACCAGUGUGUGCUAAUAUACUGGGGAGGAGCAUUAACCAUCUUGAUCCCCUUGCUAAUUAUCGUUUCUUAUGUCCGCAUUAUGGCUGCCAUUGUGAGAGUCCCAUCAGCAAGUGGGAAGUGGAAGGCCUUCUCCACCUGCAGCUCCCAUCUCUCAGCAGUUUGCUUGUUCUAUGUGUCUGCUAUUGGGGUGUACUUCAUUCCCUCCUCUGCUGAGUCAGCCAGCAAAGACAGGAUUGCAGCAGUGAUGUAUGCUGUGGUGACCCCCAUGCUGAAUCCAUUCAUCUAUAGCCUGAGAAACAAAGACAUGAAGAGAUCUGUUCUGAGGUGGAUGAUGCACAAGACGACAGUCACCUUCUACAAAAUGUCUGCCUCCCUCGUUUUCUCUGGACCAGUAACUUGGAACAGACUUCAGCACAGCUCCAACAUACAUUCCUGGCUACAGGAAUAUUUACCUGAUUCAUCCAAAGGGAAGCAGGAUUUAGCUAACACAUAUCACCAAUCAAUGAAGGAAUAA